AUGUCGAAUUCAUCAUCUGAAUCAGCUACAAUAAAGCCUGAGAUUAAACAUGAUAUAAGAAUUUGUUGCAAUAUCCGUGGAUAUUGUCAAUUUAUGGAUGGCAUUGUCCCACAAAUGAGGUCUGAACAUUGGAGGGCUUAUGGAUCCUCCAAUUUCAAGAACUAUGUUAGUUUUGGUAUGAUUCCAUCCGACAAGGCCACCAUCACGCUGCUGCUGGAUAAUGUGGAUUUAGGCACGGGGAAGUUUUUCUUCAAUGAUAGCCAAACCGGGACUAAACAAGCGUACACGUUUGAUCUAAAUUGGGUGCGCAAACAUACUCGGUUUAAUGAUGAAGGGGAGAAACCCGAAGGCAAUCGCGACAUGGAUAAUAGGAUAUGGACCACAUACUUCAGCAACAAGCAACAAUCACAAUACAAGAGUGGCCGAGGCUACCUUGAGGCCCUAUUGGAGAAAUUGGUUCGGUCCAAAAAGAAAUCCGAUGUUUCGGAUUUUGUUAUGCUUCAAAUCCUCUAUCAAUUGACAAUGAUAUGGACCCCGACCGCGAGAAUGAAUGCACCGCGGCAUAUGUUCAAAUAUGUGGCUCGAGUAGAUGCGGUUGAUCAUUUCCCAUGGGCGACAAUCAUCUAUAAGGAAUUGUGGGACUCCUUCAAGGCUGUGAAGAAAGCGACGAAGGGGCUGACAUAUCUUAGCGGCUGCGCUCCCUUGCUAUCGCUAUGGUAUUAUGAGAUAUCAAACAUUAAGGAGCCGGCGAUUAUUCCAAAAUUCCGUUGCUUCGCAUGUAGUAGAGUAGCAUUCGGUGGUGAAGGGCAGGGUGCACCAGAGGUGAAGAGGGAUGGUGGCGGCGGUGACAACUGGCAAGGGGUGACUGCGAGAACGGGAAAGAUGGUGAGAUUUGGGUAUGUUCUUUUGUUUUAUUGA